AUGGUAUAUCGUAAUAGGUCAAAGAGUGUUUUGUCUAAACACAGCAAGAAGAGCGACGAUAAGGCCCAUUAUAAAUCACGUUCGAAAAAGAAAUCGAAAAGCAAGAGCAAGAGCAAGAAGUUAAGAAUCUAUUGGAGAUACAUAUCUAUUAUAUGGAUCUUGUGGUUGGGAUUAAUAUACUAUUAUGAAUCGGUGGUUGUGAAGAGAGCAAUGAAGAAAUGCCAAUGGUCAACUUGGGAAAAUUGGCCUAAAGGCGCUGAAAGUCAUAGGGUGGGUUUAUUUGCCGACCCACAAAUAAUGGACGAAUAUUCAUAUCCUGGAAGACCUCAAGUAGUUAAUUACUUCACAAGGGUAAUUGUUGACCAUUACCACAGGAGAAAUUGGAAAUAUGUUCAAUAUUACCUGGAUCCUGAUAGCAAUUUCUUCCUGGGAGAUUUAUUUGAUGGAGGGAGAAACUGGGAUGACAAGCAAUGGAUUAAAGAGUACACGAGAUUCAACGAAAUAUUCCCCAAAAAGCCACUAAGAAGAACAGUUAUGUCUUUGCCAGGUAAUCACGAUAUUGGAUUUGGAGACGAAGUCAUUGAAUCCAGUUUAGAAAGGUUUUCUAGCUACUUUGGAGAAACUUCCUCUUCCUUAGAAGCCGGAAAUCACACCUUUGUACUUUUAGAUACAAUUUCGCUUUCGGAUAAAAAAAAUCCAAAUGUUUCAAGGGUUCCUAUGGAGUUUUUGAACAAUUUUGCAAUGGACUCACACCCACAUCCCAGGAUUCUUCUAACUCACGUUCCCUUAUGGAGAAAUCCAGAACAACAAACGUGUGGUAAACUUCGUGAAUCCAAAAAACCUUUUCCUAUUCAGAAAGGGCUUCAAUAUCAGACCGUUAUUGACGAAGAGUUAUCUCAAGAAAUUUUAACGAAAACUCAACCAGAAAUUUUAUUUUCUGGAGAUGACCAUGACCAUUGUCACAUAUUGCACUCAUAUCCAUCUCAGGGAGAAGCCAAAACUGCUCAAGAAAUUACAGUAAAGUCAUGUGCAAUGAAUAUGGGAAUCAAUAGGCCAGCUAUCCAAUUACUCUCCUUAUAUAAUCCUUCAGAUUUGAAAACAGUGAAUGCCGGCGAAGAGUAUGAAUCAAAAACUUACCAAACAGAGUUAUGUUACAUGCCAGAUCCCUUCAAGGCUAUCAAAAUGUACCUAUGGGGAUUAUUAUUCUCUGCUAUAUUUAUCCUAUACAUGCAUUUUUUCCCAAAAUCUUUCAAUAAUCAUGUGGCAAUCACAAUGAACAGAGUAUUUUCACGACCUGAUAAUGUCGCCUCGGACUUGCCGUUACCUACAAGUGUUUCUAAAUCAAAAUCAAGAAAAUCAUUGACACACACUAAAUACGCUGUAAAUGAUACGCGUUCGGUCAAACAAUUUCUAGCUAAUGCAACUAUGCUAACGAUUUCCGUGAUGUCCAUUUUUAUUUAUUUUUAUACUGUAGUCUAG